ACAGAAGUUGACAAUAUACUGUCUCUUGAGUUGACGCGAUUGCCGAUUAGUUUGAAGACGCAAAAAUUAAUCAUAUUAUUUGAUUUACUGUAUCAAUAACAUCCAUUAUUUGAAAUUGAUAAAAGUUCUUUGUUACAAGUACGUUUUUCUAAAGUACAAAAUAAAUAGUGCACGGUAAUCGCAUAGAUAAUUCUAAAUUUAUAAGCUCAGGAAAUAGUUCUUGUGAUUGAUGAAUGCGUAGUUUUUAUUAAAAUGGGGAUAUUUGGCAAUUCCUCACCGUUUGAUCAAGAUGUCGAACGAGCCACCAGUGAGAACAAUACGAGCGAAGAAUGGGGGCUGAUCAUGGAGAUCUGUGACCGCGCAGGCGCGUCGGCGCAGAGCGCCAAGGAGUGCCUCCGCGCCGUCAUGCGCCGCCUCGCGCACCCCGACCCGCACGUGCAGGUCCACGCCGCCACGCUGCUGGACGCCUGCGUGGCCAAUUGCGGGCGCGCCUUCCACCUCGAGGUGGCCUCGCGCGACUUCGAGACCGAGUUCCGGCGCCUCGUGGCGCGCGCGCAGCCCGCCGUGGCCGCGCGGCUGCGGGCGCUGCUGCGCAAGUGGGCCGAGGGCGAGUUCCGCGACGACCCGCAGCUCGACCUCAUCCCCUCGCUGCACGCCAAGCUGCGCGACGCGGGCGAGCGCGCCGAGCCCGCGCCCGCGCCCGCCGCCGCGCCCGCCGCCGCGCAGCGCGAGCAGGAGGAGCUGGCCCGCGCCAUCGCGCUGUCGCUGCGCGAGAGCAGCGCGGCGCCGGCGCCCGCGCCGCUGUACCCGCGCGUGGACGCCGACGCGCCGCCGCCGCGCAAGGUGCGCGCGCUCUACGACUUCGAGGCGGCCGAGGACAACGAGCUCACCUUCCUGGCCGGCGAGAUUGUGCACGUGACGGACUCGAGCGACCCCAACUGGUGGAAGGGGUACAACGAGCGCGGCGAGGGACUGUUCCCCGCCAACUUCGUGACGGGCGAGCUGUCGGCGCCCGCGCCGCCGGCCGAGGCUCCGGCGGCGGCGGCCGAGGAGCCGGCGCCGCUGCGCAUCGACGAGGCGGCCAUGGACGCGGCGCUGGCGCUGCUGCACGAGGCGGACCCGCGCGCGGCGGGCGCGGACGAGGCGGCGCUGGCGCGGCUGGAGGCGGCGGCGCACGGCAUGGGCGCGCUGGUGGACGCGGCGCUGGAGCGCGCGGACCGGCGCCACGCGCGGCUCACGCAGCUGUCGGCCGACCUGGUGGACGCGCUCAACCUCUACCACGAGCUCAUGCGCGCGCCGCCGCUGCUGCUCGCGCCGCUGCACCCGCCGCCGCCCAGGUGCUGACCGUGCAAAGCAGCUGGUGGCUCGCGCGUGACGUAGCGCGGCGUCGUGCUGUGCCGCGCUCGUGCCGCGCCCGUGCCGCGCUCGUGCCGCGCUCGUGCCGCGCUCGUGCUGUGCCGCGCGACGCGUGAUGCGCGCCGUGCUUGCACAUUGCAUUGUUUUUUACUACUACUGCUAUAUUGUAUUGUUAUUAUACGUUUUUAAAUGUGGUUAAAAAUUUUCCUUCUGUAGCCAAUCAAAUUAAUAAAGGAUGUUUAUUCAAUAGUA